AUAGAACAAUACUUUAAUGCAAACAUGUUCAACUGAAUUGAUUAAUGAUCUCUCAUCACACACUGUGCAUUAACGCGUGUGUACGGACAGAGAUGAAACUGAGCCGGCAGCAGGCGCCGCCUCUCGGGGAAACCUCCCACCAAUGGAGUCGCUCUUGAGGCGGGACGACGUGUCGGCAACAGGUUGCACUGGUACCGGGGUGGCGGGGAAGAGGGAGGGGAGGAAGAGGAGGAGGGAAAUUUCCCGAUGUCCUCCUCACUUCAUUGAGUAACAUCUUCCUCAUCCCACAGACAGUACGGAGCUGCCGUGAGGACUGACACAGGAGGGAGGAACCGUUCUGGAUCCGGAUCAUCUUUUACAGGUGUAGCAGAGCUGUUUGCACAGAAACCAGGAAGUCAACAUGAGCACUCUCUCCACUGACAGGAAGCCUCUUGUGGAUUAUGGCGUUCAGAUCCGCUUCAUCAAAGAUCUGCAUGACACAGGUGGAGGUUAUCCUGAUAAAUCCAAAGUAAACAACACCUUGACACCUCCUACCAAUAAGUAUGGGGUGGCUGUGCGGGUUCAGGGAAUCUCUGGGCAUCCUUACGUGGUCCUGAAAGAUGGCGAGAAAGGUGACUCUUAUGGAGUUCAGCUAAACAGUCCCACCCCCAGCUCAGGGCAACCUUCACCUUCCAACAGCCUCCCAAGAAUAAAUAAAGAACCAACAGAAAUCACAAACCCCUACAGCUCUGCUAAAAACUCAGCUCGCUCCCCUGUUUCUGCAGGAGAAGAUGAGGAUGGGGAGAUUUUUGGGAGCCCUCUAAAAAGACCCCCAGGGGACGGUCAAGCAGGAACACAAGUGGAGGAGGAGGGUGGUGCUGGACGAGAAAGACAGGCAGAGAGGCAGAAAGCCGAACCCCAACUCAAAGCAACAGCCAGCGAAGCAGAGAAAAACUCAGAUUGGACUACUGAGGAAAAGUAUAACGAAGCAGGACUGAAACCUGUAAAAUUAAAUGGUGUGGGACCCAAAGGGGCCAAGCAAACUGGCUCUGGUUUCACUGCUUCUUUGGGGCGAUACAGUGGGAAAAACCUGAGGAAAGAUACCCCUACUCAGUCAGAACCACCAGCAUCAACUAAUGAUGUCCCCGUCCCAGAAAUCGACACCAACUCCCUGGCUCCCAUCAACAAGCUCAUCAGUAAGUUCAACAGCGCGACGCCAGGCAGUGCCCCACAGGCAAGAGGCCGCUCCGGAGCAAGGCAGCGGCUCAGGUUCGACGAGCGCAGGAGAUCCAGAAGUCUUGAUGCGAGAAAAGAUGUUCAGCCCGAGGUCUCCCUUCCCUCUCCCCCUUCCCCGACAUUGAAUCCCUACGCCGUUCCUCUGUCUACCUCCUCCAAUUUGUUGACGUCAUCUGCCCCAGCGAGCGGCAGCCUGGGAAGAAGUCCUGCAUCAGUUGCCAAGGUGACAACACUCGAGGCGCCCAAGCCGAGCUUUAAGUCACCACGGACGUUUGUUGCCAAGGACACCACUCCAGCUGUGGCAAAGAAGCCUGAGAUACCUCCAAGGACUCUGAAUCAAAGCAAAGAGGUCAUCAAUGGGGAGGAAGCUCAAGUUAAGCAAGCUAUUUUCAACAUCCUUAAAGAAGGCACCAGUGAGAGUGAAGGAUCCCUCAAAAGAAAGGUCAACCUCGUCUAUGAGACAACCGGCAGAUUUAAGACUGGAGGAUCUGUUGGGAGCUUUAAAAAGGGGAACCUCGAGGAGCUUCAGGAGCAACUCAGUCGCUGCAAGAAAGACCUGCAGAAUGCCCAUGAUGAACUUGCUGAGGAGCGUAUGUCCAGAGAGAUGGCGGAGUGCCGUCUGCGCCUACAGGAGGAUCAGCUGGCUGAGCUUCAGGAGGAGCUGAGGAGGGUUUCAGAAAACUCACCUGGCUCUGAGUCACUGCAGAUGGAUGUGGUGAACCUGCAGGCUGAUCUGGCCGAGGCCACCAUGCUACGUCAGCGCCAGGAGGAUACCCUACACAUGCGGGAACGGGAGCUGACGGCUCUGAAGGGGGCACUGAAAGAAGAAGUGGAGUGCCAUGACAGAGAGAUGGAGGCCCUGAGGGAGCAGUAUGGCCAGGACAUGGAGAGCCUGAGAAGGACCCUGGAGCAGGUCACAGAGUCCCAGGACCAGAUAGAAGAGGAGAGGCAGAGGGUGAACCUCUCCAUACAGAGCCUGGAGGAUGAGCUGGAGAGCUCCAGGGAUCAAGGGGAGCAGUGGAAGAUGCAGCUGGAAGCCACCACGCAGGAGCUGCACAGCACCACGGAGGAGAGCAGGGAGCACGUCAGCAGUCGAAUGUUGCUGAAAUCCCGUUUGGAGAAGGAGGAAUUCGAAGGCGAGCUGAAGGAUCUUCAGGAUUCGCUGCUCGCCAUGAAGAAACAAAUGCCUGCGCUUAACGAUAACCGCUCCACAGCAGAGGAGCUCCAGCGUUGCCAUGAUGAUCUCAAGCGGGCACGCGCAGAUCUGAACAAACAAAAGGCCGAGUUAGACGAGAAGAGGGAGGCACUUCAGGCCCUGAAGAAAGCGAACGAGGAGAAAGAGGCCGAGCUACUGUCUGAGAUCAGCAGGUUGAAGGAGCAGUCGCAGAAAGACAAGGCCGAGCUGGAAAGGGAGCUGGAGAAAGCGAAGGAGUCACCAGUUGGGUCUAUAGGAAAGACUGUGGUGGACCACAGCACCAGCAUGGAGCUCCAGGAAGCGAACACUCGGCUCAGAGAGAGACUGUCCCGCAUGACGAGGCUUCACUCCAACAUGCCUCGGACCUCAGACACCGAGGAGGCAGUAGAAGCUCUGGAGAAUGAGAACCGCUCCCUGAAGACUCAGCUGGAGGAGGCCAAGAGAGGAACCACCCGCCUGAGCAAGGAGAGGGACGAGCUGUCCCGGCGGCUGGAAGAGAGGGACCUGGAGAGGGAGGCACUAAGGAGGGGCAAGAGUGACCUGGAGGAGCAGAAGAGGCUGCUGGACCGAGCCCUGGAGAAGAUUAACAAAGAGAUGGAGGUGAUGAUGGGAGAUUCCCGUCAGUCGGUGGCCGCCCUGCAAACACAGCUGGACGACUACAGGGAGCGCUCGAGGAAGGAUCUGCUGGAAGCGCAGCGCAACAGCAAGGACAGGCUGGCUGAGCUGCAGAGGGCUCAGAGCAACCUCAAGGUCCAGCAGGAUGAGGUUUCCCGCCUGAAGAAGGAGCUGCUGGUGUGCAGUGAAGAGAGAGACAGCGCCCAGUUGGAGAGAGACCUCCUCAACAACCGUCUCAAACACUUCGAGAGCGAACUUGAAACGGAGAAGAGCACCUACACCGACCGCACCAGGGAAAUCAGAGGCCUGGAGGAUAAGAUUAAGACACUAGAGAUUGAACUGGAUGAGGAGAGGAGCAGCGUGGAGCUUCAGAACGACCGUAUUGCACGUAGCAGAGAUCAGGUGGACCAGCUUCGUUCAGAGCUGAUGCAGGAACGCUCGGCAAGACAUGACCUGGAAAUGGACAAGAGCGCGCUCGAGAGACAGAUGAAGGAGCUGAAGUCUCGUGUGGCAGACAUGGAGGGACAGGCUCGGCCCACAGCUGGAAUAACCCUGCUGGAAAACAAAAUUCAAGAGUUGGAGGAGAGACUACACAGUGAAGAAAGAGAGAAGACCAGCAUCCAGGCUUCUCAGCGACGAAUGGAGAGAAAGCUGAAGGACCUGAACGCCACGUUAGACCAGGAGAGAAGCCAGCACAUCGAGCAGAGGGAUCAGCUGUCUCUGCGCGUGAAGGCCCUGAAACGGCAGGUGGACGAGAGCGAGGGGGAGGUGGAGCGCUUGGAGGGAGUCCGCCGGAAGGUUCUCAGAGAUUUGGAGGAGCAGCAGGAGCUCCAGGAGGCACUGCAUGCCAAAGUCACCUCGCUGGAGACUGAACUAAAGCGGAAGUCGCAGCAGACACAUCGUACAGCUCUGGGCUCCUCCACUUUAAGCUCCGAGGAUGAGGACGGUUUCUAUGACACCAACAUGUCCUCCAUCCUGAACGAGGGCCACCUACAGACCACCAACUGCUGAAGGAACAUGGCGGCGUGAAUAAAGAGAGCUAUAAAAAGAUUUUCUCUCUCCCCCUGUCUCUCUCUCUCUCCCUCUCCAGUGCAAACACUUGUAAGAUUUUGUCAGAGAAAGGUACUCAGGGCAUCAAGGAUUCGCUUGUGUGAAGAACUCGGUUGCCAUGCACUACACAUAUGCCUUGCAGUUGUUCUUGGGUUUUAUUUUUAGCAUGGGCAGUCCAGCAGAGACAGGUUGUCAGGAUAAUUAGAUUGCAUUUUGGAGCCUUCAGCCGUGAUUAUGAUCGCUUCAGUACUGUCCUGUUUUAUCAUUUAUGUUGACGAGAAGGUUAGAAGGCUCUUUGCUGUGUAUUCUUUGUGUUGACUGUACACUACUGUGGUAGCACAUGACUGUGGCAUGGUUUAUGAUCAGAGGUCAUACUGUAGACUUGAAAAUUCAAACGCUUUUUAAACCAAAAAAUAACUUGUAUAGUUUUUCUUAUUGUUCAAGUCUUCUCUCUGUGUUUCCUUAUGCAUGGUAAGUUACUUCUGUCAGUGUUGAUAGCAGCUCAAAGUGUUUCUUUGUGUAUUGAAAGUGAUCAUUUGUUUGUUUUUUUACCUUUUGAAUGUGACAAUAGCGGGCCAUUUAAAGUGAGCCUGUAUUUUUACACUGUAUUAGCUGUGCAUUCCUGUUACUCAAGACAAUCAAAUAUAUACGUACAGUAGCACUGUGUGUCCUCAGAGAUUUAUCCCCUCUCUCUAAAGUUUUCUACUUUAACAACCAUAUUUCUUAUGUGGUUUUAAUAUAUUAAUAUAUAAUAUACGUAGUCAGCUCGAUUCGUCUGCAUGUUUCCACUCAAAUGCCUUAAAAAUUAGCUUCAUGUCUUUAUUUUCACUUCACGUUGUCUCUGCAUGUCUUUUGUGUAUACACUGCUGCUCUAAUGAUUUGAAUAGUAUUUCAUAUGCUUGCCUGUGCUUGCAUCUCCUCUCUGUGUUUUCCUGCUGAAAGAAGAAUCAUUUGGAAGCGUUCCAUUUCUCUUUGUUGCACAUGAAUGUUUGUUUGAUUUUGAUCUCCUAAUGACAUUCUGAUGGUGUUAUUACAUUUUAAAACAUGUCACUUUUAAAAGUUCUAUUCGGGCAAUUGCAAGCAAGGAUGCUGUUAAAUAGAUUAUGUUUAUUGAGAUGCUGUGCAGAGCUUUGUAAGUCCCCAAAUUUUUGACAGAUAUUUUAAGUAAAAUUUUGGACUGUGUGUACAAUAAAAAGAGAUAUACUAUA